AUGAAGGUCUUGGUGGUUCUCUGUGCUCUUUUUGCUCUCUCUGAAGGCUUUACCAGGGUUCAUUUGCAGAGAGGGAAGAAGAUGAGGCAACUCCUGAGGGAAAAAGGCUUGCUGGAAGACUUCCUGAAGCACCACCACUAUGACAUCAGCACCAAAUAUGCACAUUCGUUUGCUUCCCAGGGCGUCUACGAGCCACUCAUGAACUCUUUUGACACAGAGUACUAUGGAACAAUCUACAUUGGGACCCCCCCUCAGGGGUUCAAUGUUGCAUUUGAUACCGGUUCAUCCAACCUCUGGGUUCCCUCCGUCACCUGCCAGAGUGAGGCCUGCCAAAAUCACCGGAUGUUUAAUGCAUCAAAAUCCUCCACCUACCAGAGCGCAGGAACCACCAUAUCCAUUCAGUAUGGCAUGGGCAGCAUGGCCGGAGUUGUGGGAUCUGAUAUAGUGCUAGUCUCCUCCUUCAUUGACACCAACCAGCCAUUAGCACUAAGUACCAGCGAGCCAGGACUUGUUUUUGCCUACGUUGAGUUUGAUGGGAUACUGGGCCUGGCCUAUCCAGAUAUAGCUGUUGAAGGACUUAUUCCUGUCUUUGAUAACUUGAUGCUCAAGAAUUUGGUGAAGCAGCACCUGUUUUCAGUGUAUCUGGGUCGAGAGGUAUUUGGUAGUAUGCUCAUUUUUGGUGGAAUCGAUGAAUCUUACUUUACUGGCCCUAUCCACUGGAUCCCUGUCUCUUACCAGGGCUAUUGGCAGAUCUCAAUGGACAGCAUCAUUGUGAAUGGCAAGGUGAUCACCUGUGAAUCUGGCUGCCAAGCUAUUGUUGAUACCGGCACUUCUCUCUUGGCUGGGCCUGCAGCAGAAGUCAUCAACCUACAGAAAGUCAUUGGAGCUACUCUCAUACAGUAUGGCGAGUUUAAGGUCAACUGCAAUGACAUUCCCAGCUUGCCUGAUAUCAUCUUUGUAAUCAAUGGGAUCCAAUUCCCUCUGCCUCCUUCAGCCUACACUGAGCAGGUUGGCCAAGGAGAGUGCCAAAGUAAUUUUCAGGCCACGGCUAGCUACCUGUGGAUCUUGGGAGAUGUAUUCAUCAGGGAGUAUUACAGCAUCUUUGACAGGGAAAACAACCGGGUUGGUUUGGCCAAGUCUGUUUAG